AUGCUCACUAGUAACUUGCUUGGAGGAUGGUUGUCAGAUAAGGCAAAUCUAUAUUUUACUUCAAACUGCCCCGAAGGUCGUCUUGUGCCUGGAGUUGCUCUUUCACUCCUGAAUCCUUUUGGAUUGAUAAUCUACGGAUGGGCAUUUCACUUUCGCGUUCAUUUAGCAGUUGGUAUCAUUGGACACAUGAUGCUUAGCUUUGGUCAGUCAGUUUUUUUACCGGGACUGUAUGCUUAUCUAACAGCAAAAAAACAGAAAGACGCUGCGGCUGCUUCAGCUGUUAAUAGCUUGCUCAGUUUUUGUGGAGCCGGCAUUGGUGUGACUAUUGCUGUGCCAGUUCAAAAUGCCAUUGGUGGUGGUAUCUUCUUCUCAAUUCUCAGUGGUAUCAACAUCGUGGUGAUUCUUGCUGCGGCUCUAAUUAUAUUCCGAUGUAUAAAAGCCAAUGGGUCUAUCCAGGUUGUUAAUCAGGAAAUGGAACCAGACAUAGAAGAGACCUGCUUGUAGAGACCUGCAUUGGAUUCAUGUCGGAGUUGUUUCGAAAUCAAUUGAAUUUCUGGCCAAAAAUCUAUCUUUCCCAUGAGAAUUAUUGUGAAUUGUAGGUUUUGUUCUGUGUUAGUUUGUUUACAAACCAAUACAUUUUAAAGGACCGGUCAAAGUUACGUCGAGGCUUACGGAUACGGAGAAACAGUCGAAGACCACAAUGGUUACGAUUCUUUUUACGUCAACGUUCUCUUCGUAUCCGUAGGCCUCGAUGUAACUUUAACUGAUCCUUCAAAAUGCAUCGGUUGCUAGAUAAACUAUCAAAGAACAACAUCUACGACUCACAAAAAUUCUAAUGGGAAAGAUUAGGUUUAGUAAAAAAUUUAGUGGAUUUUGAAACGACUUUGAUAUGACUGAAUCCAGAUCUCUAUCUAUUUGUGAGCAGAAUUUGCAAAAAAUUGAAAAUUUUCGAUUUGCACUGAUUCGAUUCGACGCAUGAGCAAACUCCCCGAAGAACUACCUGCUUUAAGAGCCAUAGUAUGCUCAUUAUGCAACGCAGACAACAUAAGUGUUAUAAUGAUUAUUAAAAAAAUUUGAUUGUCACCCACAUGAACUUCCUUAUAUUCUAAUAAAUCGUAAUCAUAGUUGUGAAUAUGAAACUUUUUCCGCUUGUUUAAUUGAUUAGUACUAUUCAUCAUGACUGUUUUCUAUUUUAUUUUCAUAGCAAUUUUUAGACAAUCAAUAUGGUUCUCCUUUUUUAUUAAAGCAGUUUACUACAGAGCCGGACGCAAUAAUUACAAUUUGGAUUAAAACGGAAAUCUAAUAACGCUCGUUUUGUUCUUUAAUGGAAAGGUUAAUAACUAUGAACACUCAAUUCGACAGAACCCCUCCUUACAUACUGUAUGAUUUAUGCGAAUAACGUCUGAUACGAUGGAGAUGUAUCCUACAUAUUCAUCGUACGAAGAAACUGCAAAAUAUGCGUGCUCGGCAUUGUUCAUGAUGCAUCUGGAACAUUUGCCAUUGCCAUUAACCAUUUCAUGCUCAACUUGAAUAUAUAACCACGAGGAGGAAAUAUAUCACACAAAACAUCUGAAGUCAUUCAUAUUUUCCAUUCGAAAAGCUGUCAGAGGAUGUGGGUGUGUGGGUGUGGUUGAGAUGCGGGUGAGUGUAGCUGUGAGGUAUGGCUAGAUGUGGGUGUGGGUGUAGUUGAACGUAAAACCCACACUAAUACUGCCAAUACUCGCACCCAUAUCCUCCCGUCAGGAGAGAGGCAUAUGCACAAAGCACCGAAAAAUGGCCAUUUUGCCGCGUACCUGGUAGUAUUGGACAACUCAGCAAUAGUACAUCCAUUCAGGCUCAAAUUUUUUUGUCAGUAGUGCAGAAUCAUUAAAUCCACUCACAGUUAAAUUGUGAAGCUAAUUGAACGUAUCCUUGAUGAGAUACAUUAUGUGAUAAAAAGCACAAAAAAAUGCGACUUGGAUGUGGGUGUGGGUGUGAGUAUGGGUGUGGGUAUGGAUAUGAGUGUGGGUGUGAGUGUGAAUGUCAGUGUGGGUGUGGGUGUGGGUGUGAAUGUGGGUGUGGAUGUAGGUAUGUUUGUGUAGUUGUGGAUAUGGGCCUUGAUAUUCUCUUCGCAACAAACUACAUCUAAACCGACACCCACACCCACACCCACACCCACACCCCACACCCCACACCCACACCCACACACCCACACCCACACCCACCCCCCCCCCCCCCCCCCCCCCCACCCCCCCCCCCCCCCCCCCACACCCCCCCACCC